AUUACGGUAGCGCAGCAAACUGUCCCCCCGCAACACACACACACGCUCCACACUCGUGUACACACACACACUCACACAGUCCCAGUGAUUCAACCCUGAUUUCCAGCGAACGAGCGAGCAACAGACGGGAUGCCAAAAAGUGAAGACCGGUGGAGAGGUUAUACGCGCUGAAUCCGUCUCUCGAAGAGAUAAAGCGGGAGGGGGAGAAGCAGAAGCAACUAAACAGCAAAACAAAAAAAGAGAACGAGAAGCUGCGUUGUUUCUCCGCGGCAACUUGCGCACAGUGCCAGAGUUUUAGCGGCAGUAUUGUUCUGACUUCACUCCAGAGGGGCCACUCCGAGGAGAGAGGACGCACACAAAAGGGAAAAGAGAAAAAGGACUAACGAGCACGCUUUGUCGUUUAAAGUAAUGGUGCUGCGGUCUUAGAUCCUAGAUUUCUCUGUCUCUCUCUCUCCUCUCUUGUUUCUUUCAAUUUUUUUUUUUUUUACUUUUUUUUUUCGUCCCGUCGGUUUGUGUCCCCCCUUUGUCGCCGUGAGAGAGAGUGGACGCGCCGGGGGUUUGAGGAGCAGAAGCGGGCUGUCCACAUGGUCCAACCACUGGCGUGAAAGUUGACUUCUUCAGAAACCAAGAGAACAGGUGCCAGUGAUGAUGGUGGAAUCAGCUUCUGAGACCAUUCGAACUACGCCGUCCAACCAGAACGGAGUCAGCAGCCUCAGCAGCCAAUCAGAUGGAGGGGGAGGUAGAGAGGGUGGGUCCAAUGGAGACACCAACGGAGAGAUCAGCCCAGUUGACUUACUGCACCUGCAACAGCAACAGGCGCUCCAGGCAGCCAGACAGUUCCUCCUCCAGCAGGCCUCUGGACUCAACUCCCCUGGCAGCAACGAGGUCAAACAGAGCCCUGUGCAGGUCCCUGUAUCCAUGGCCAUGAUGAGUCCACAGAUGAUCACUCCUCAGCAGAUGCAACAGAUCCUGUCUCCCCCUCAGCUCCAGGCCCUGCUGCAGCAACAGCAGGCUCUUAUGCUACAACAGUUACAGGAGUACUACAAGAAGCAGCAGGAGCAGUUACAUCUCCAGCUUCUGACUCAGCAGCAGCAGCAGCAGCAGCAGCAGCAACAGCAGGCCGGGAAGCAAGCAGCAAAAGAGCAGCAGAUAGGCAGUAAGCAGCUGGCCUUCCAGCAGCAGCUGAUCCAGAUGCAGCAGCUUCAGCAGCAGCACAUCCUCAACCUCCAGAGACAAGGCCUGGUCCCACUGCAGCCCACUGCCGCCAUGCAGUCUUUGCAGCAAGCGAUGUGUCCGUCAGACCUCCAACAACUGUGGAAGGAGGUGUCAGGGGUGCCGAGCAGUGAGGAGGCCCUGAAACAGGCCGAGGGCCUGGACUUGAGCACCAACAGCUCUAACUCUACCUCAGCCUUCCCCAAAGCUGCCAGUGCUCACAUUCCACUGCACAGCCUGCCCAACGGACAGAGCCACACCCCAAAGAGAGACAGAGCCAGACUGUUUGAGUGGAUAUCCUCCUUCACCAAGGCAGACAGCGGAGAUGACCAUGUUCCCCUUUACCCCAAAGGCAGCCAACCCCCCAGCAGCCAUCAUGAGGAGCAUGCCGGCUCCCAUCCCCUUUACGGCCAUGGAGAGUGUAAGUGGCCUGGCUGUGAAGCACUGUGUGAGGACAUGGGACAGUUCAUCAAGCACUUGAACAAUGAGCACGCCCUAGAUGACCGCAGCACUGCUCAGUGCCGAGUUCAGAUGCAGGUGGUUCAGCAACUGGAGAUACAGCUGGCGAAAGAGAGCGAGCGACUCCAGGCCAUGAUGACCCACCUGCACAUGCGCCCCUCAGAGCCAAAGCCUUAUAACCAACCUCUGAACCUGGCUUCCAGUGGCUCUCUGUUAAAGCGGGACAGCGACGCCUAUCCAGAGGGACUCCCCCACCCCCCCACGUCCGCUGCCACCCCCAUCACCCCACUGCGCCAGGGACCCUCAGUCAUCAGCUCCUCCAGCCUGCACACACACUCCCACUCCCACACGCACGCCGUCGGGCCCAUACGUAGGCGCAACUCCGACAAGUACUGCACCCCCAUCGCCUCAGAGCUCGCUCAGAACUGUGAGUUCUACAAGAAUGCUGAUGUCAGGCCUCCCUUUACUUACGCCUCUCUUAUACGUCAUGCCAUUCUGGAGUCCCCAGACAGACAGUUGACUCUCAAUGAGAUCUACAACUGGUUUACACGAAAGUUUGCGUAUUUCAGGAGAAACACAGCCACAUGGAAGAAUGCUGUGCGCCACAACCUGAGUCUGCACAAGUGUUUUGUUCGUGUUGAGAACGUGAAGGGGGCUGUGUGGACUGUGGAUGAAGUUGAAUACCAAAAGAGGAGACCACCAAAGAUGACCGGAAGCCCCACUCUGGUGAAAAACAUGAUUUCAGGCCUGGGUUUUGGAUCCCUAAAUGCCAGCUACCAGGCGGCUCUGGCAGAAAGCAGUCUGUCCCUGCUGAACAGCCCUCCCCUGGUGACCCCUCCGUCUGCGGCCAGCCUCAACAUGCUGCAUGUGGGCCAUGAUGAUGUCAGCUCCACUGUGGAGCAGGUCAACAGCAAUGGCAGCUGCAGCCCAACGCUCAGCCCUCAGCAGUACAGCCACCCGGUGCAUGUGAAGGAGGAGCCCACUGAGGUGGAGGAGGACAGUCGGCCAGUCUCCCUCCUGGCUGGCGUCACACACAGCCUGCCAUUGCCGAGCGACGAGCGCGACUUGGAGGAGGAUCUUCCCACAGAGGAGCUGGAGUAGGACAGAUCCGAGCAAGACCAGAGGGACGGGACUUUUUUGAGAUCAUUCCCCGAGCCCUCUCGCCAGUGUGAAGAGGAAAAGAUAGCAACAGUACGCAGAGAGAAAAAAGAGAAUGUUUUUUUUGUUGUUGUUUUUAAUAAAAUUCAAGCAACUAAGGACGACAUUGAGAAACUCCAAACAGGGUUAGAUGACCUUCGUUACUUUCAGACGCAAAAACAAGACUGUGGAGCACUGCUUUACCUCCAUGUGUUGCUUGGCCAACACUUGGCUCAGAGGUGUAACACCACUUAAUGCAUACACACUCACACAAACACGCACACACACACACACACAGACACACACACACACACACAUACACACACACACACACACACACACACACUCAUUCACUUGUCGAACCAUGUCUCGUCAUCCUCCCUGGAAAAGUCACCCUCUGUGUAGAGACCCCUAGAGGCGUGGACACACAUUCUCCCACCACCCUACGUACACUCUCCUCUCUGUCGUCUCGGGCUGCCUGCGAGCCGUUUUAUCUCCACGUCAGUCGAGAAGACACGCAGAUGUGUGUGUUAGAAAGAACACAACACACACACACACACAGGAUCAUGUGUAUAUAGAUCUGGAGCAGUCACCAGAGGCUGUGCAGUAUACCUCUCCUUCUUCCCCUUCUUUGAGUCAAUCACUUGCUUUUUCAUUUUCUUUCGUUCGAUUAAAAUGAAACUGUUGGACUUCGAGACGAGGAGGAAGGAAGAGUGCUUUCAAAGAUUACCUCCAACAGUGCUCCAGCUCCUCUGCAGAGCGGGCUCCUGUCGACCCCGUCGGGGCGGUGUGGCCCUGGUCCCUGCCCAAACUUCUGCCAGCAGCAAGACGCUUGAGUGAGAGGCAUCUUUUAAAACUCUCUGCUUCUAAGUGGAACAAAAGAAGACAUUUUCCCACCUUAUCUACAUCCCUUCCCAUUUCCCCCCAGAAGACUGCAGGAAUAGGACCAUUUGGUGCUGCCCUUCUUCUUCUCUCCUCUGUCUGCAGAUGGAGCGAUGAGCAUGGAACACUUUUGAGAAAAAGAAGAAAAAGAGGGGAAGCAGUGAGAAACAAUGGAGGAAGCGUCUACAGAAAUAUUGUGACUAAAAAAAAAGAAAACUGUCUGAUUAUGGAAUAUAACAAGAAAAAAAUGUGUGGUAGCUUUUGUCAUUUCCUUUUUUUUAUUUGAUGUUAUUAUCAUUGUUUAUUUUUUUGAGGAUCAAUAUUUCCAAGGUGGCGUUCCGUUUUGACGUACCUUUUCUAAGGAUGCUGUUUUUGUUUUUGUAUUGUAAGUUGUUUGAUUUACUCUGGUUGUUCACACCAUUCCAAAUGAGUAUUGGCAAAAAGAAAAAGAAAAAAAUUAAUAAUAACAACAAAAAGCGCAGUAUUGUCCCGACUUACCCGAACCCCACUCCUGCCCCUCUUCCCUUUCUGUCCCAAGUGUAGCAGGCAAGAAAUUUGGAAAUAGCACUUAAAGUUGCCAUUAUCCAGACAGAUUAUUUAACAGCUAAAUCUUUUUUCUUUACAUUCUCUCUCAUUCACUUGUUUUUGGUUGUGUAUUUAGUUGAGAAAUAUCCGUAAUGCUUUAAAAAAAUAUAUAUAUUAUUACUGCAGUCAGAGAAUACCUCAUCCCACAAAGGUUCUGCCUGGAACUGUGUCCAAAUUGAUAGAGAAAUAAGGGGGAAUUCUUUCCGUGGGACACCAAAUGUGGCAACUCUGCUCAGCUUCGACUCAAAGCUCUAUGGUUAUAAUAGUUACUGUGUAGAAGCUAUCUGCAAUUCACUGUGUGAAUUUGUGUUAAAGGAAUAGCACGUGAGAUUUAUUUCCUUGUUUUCCAUGAGCAUAAAAGCAUUACUUUUCUCUACAGUGCCAUACCAAAUUUAACAUUUAUUUUAAUCUAUUAUCUGCUUAUUCCCGUUUUAUUUUUGUUACAGGUAACCAAAGAAAUAUGUAGAAAACCAAAAACCCUGUAGUUUAUUUUGCCCUUUAUGUUUCUUUUUUUUAUUCUUAAAGAACUGGCCAAAAGACAACAAACCAGGAGUUUGAAUUCUUAUUAUUGUAUUCAUAUAAUUAUUGUGUUAAAGUUAUACAUGACUUACAGUGCUGACCAUUCCAAAAACCAAAGUGUGUAAAAGCAAACUAGAAUUUGGAGUCGGUUACAAAUGACUCAUAUUAGGUAUGAGGCCAAAAGCUAGUAUUAACAAACCUCGCACAGUUCCUCUGAAAAACAAAAGAAAGAGAAAAGAAAAAAAGCACUUAGAAGUGAAAUCCUGUCUCUCCCACACUCAGGCUCAGCUGUGUUCCAAACACAAUCUUAGGACUGACCCAUUACAGAAUGAGCAGACCUAAAAAUGAGGCACUCAUGAGGCAUUUGAACACAACAUUUAUGUAUCUUUACUAACUAAAACGUUGACAAAAAGAGCUGAAAUGAAAACAUUUGGAUCUUUUGAAACACGUGGCGAUACAAGGUACUUUUUUGGACGCUAUUGUAAUGAACAUUUUGAUUUUUAAAUCUAGAAAAAAAAGCUCUUUAAACAGAUUUAAACACAUUCCCUCUCGAUCUGUAUGUAGCCUUACAGAACCAGGAAGUGUCUAUAAUGUGCUUAAAAAAGAAGUCACAUCUUUGGACAGGGAGGAGUUAUUCCAAAUAAUAAUAAUACAGCAAAGAGGGAAAAGCUAAACACAAUGAAAAUAUACCAAUGUAAGAGGAAAACAACCAAGGGACAUCAUGUAAUUUAAAGUUGGGUUCAUGUUUUCAUACUUUUUGUCGAACUAUCUCUUGCACUUCAGACAGUUUUUCUUAUUUAAUGAAAGAACCUUUCCGAUGACUUUGUGUUCAAACAGGACUGUUUCCUGUCACAUUAGAGACUGAUUUCUUACAAAGUACAAAGUGGCAGACAGACAUUUUGAAACGAGAUGAAAACCAAAAAUAACGCUACCUCCUUUUCAAAACAGUUCAACACAUAGCCAAUGGGAGACUGAACUCUCUGAAAUAUUUUUUCUCCAUUCUUCCUCAAUGAUAAUAAUUAAUGCCAAAAUUGUUGUUACACUUACUGUAUGACUGAUGGGAAAAAAAAAAUAGCUAUUUGGUGAUCUGGACUCCCUAACACACAUCUGCUUGAGCCCAAAAACAGAGACGUUUCACUUUCACCAUAGAAUUAAAAAUGACUACCUCUCCUUAAACCACAUCUAAAGCACUCUCUGCGUCUCCAAAUGUGUUGUGAAGUGCUCGCUAUAUAUGAACAGUUUUCUAUCAGCUGUGUAAAACUGACCAUAUUCCUGCACCCGAUUAGCAUUGAGUUGUGUGAACAGCCUCUCAACUGUGUGCUUUGACUGUAUGUGUGCAUAUUCAUGAUCAGGCUCAGCUCUCAGCCAAUGAGAAGUCGGUCAUUAGCGGCUGUGUGUUGUUGCAGGGAGCUGGUUGUUGGAGGUAGUGAUGGCUCGGCUAUAUCAGUACCACAACACACACUUAACACACACACAUACAGGGGUGUAACAGAAGCGUAGAAGCAGGGCUAUGGGUUAGUGCAAACAGUGGCUCUGACCAUCCAGAUAUCCAAAGACCCACAACACAGCAGCACCCCCCCUUCACCGAAACACUCACAGAGACGUUGAGAGGACUAACACACUUAAUGAAACUCAUCACUACUACUAGUAAUAUCCAAACCAAGAGGAACUGCUGCAUACAGUACAUAGAUGAGCUCUGACUUGUGCUUUAAGGUACACCUGUAAACAAAGCUGUUUUAUAAAGAUGUAGAUUGUUCACAGGUCACCAUGUAACACUUCUGUUCUUUCUCCAGCUUGGCAUAACAUGAUGUAUUCUUGUAUAUUAAUGCUUGGCUUAUCUCUCCAGGGCAUUCUUUCCCAUUUUGUCCUUUGAUUUUCUCUUCUCGUUUUGGGGUUUCUUUUAUUUCUGCACCUGUUUAGCUAUUGUAAAGCUUUCAGCUCUGAUUCCUAUACUGUACUGCUAAUGCUGAAGUAUAUGUAUUUAUCAUAUUAAGUGCUGCAGGUAUCUUGGUUUAAUAGUUUUUUUUUUUGUUCGUUUGUUUCCAUUUUUUUCAGUUCUUCAUAAAACGUCUGGGACGCUGAUUUUUUAAGUGUAUUAUCUCUAAAAAAAUGAAAAGAAUUAAAGUUAGAUCAGUGGUUUAGGUAACACCUGUUUGUAUAUUUAUCUUAGCUAGGUCUAUUUUGAUACUUUUUUGUCUCUGUACUGCAUUUAUGCAUUUUUAAGGAAAGAAAAAAAACAACAAAUGGAAAACAAACUAAAAAGUUACUUCAUUAUGUAUUGAUACCUCAGAAGGACUUUUUCUCAAAGACAGGACCAAAACCUCUGAAAAGAAAAAGAGAAAGAGGAAAAAAAAAUGUAAGAAUAUGUAGCCCCUCUCUUGCUUUAAAAAUGCGGAGCUUCAGAAAGGUAUUGCUGUUGGUCCUUUCAGGUGCCAAUGUGUCCCUGCUCCCUCUGACCCCUCCCUCUGACCCCUGACCCCUGUCAUUCCUGUGCUGAACUCCGACCCGCAGAGCUGUCAAUCAUCUGCAGGUGCCAUGGGGGUGUCACUGAGUCAAACACCUGGCAGGUGGUGACCAGCCACAAACCUCAUCUCCCAGUCCCACAGAGGCAGAUCAAAGACUGACACUGUUGCAUUUUUGAUACUCCUCCUCUUGCGUAGUCUCAAUACCAAAAUGUGGAAUGGCUCUCAGAGAUGCAGCUCAUCCUCUGACUACCAAAGGCAUUGCGAGCAAACAUUGCUUAGUCCAAACUCCUGAACUGUAACCAAACUGUAACCAAACCAAUGCCACAACCUUAACCAAACAAAAACCAAGCUACUUCCAAAACUCUCCAUCAACUUCACUGAUCACCUUUACUGAUAGCUGUUAUCUCUCAUACAUCCAUGGCGUUGUAGGAGCAACCUACAUCCCAUUGGCAGGUGACUGACUCAAAGGACGCAGGGAGCUCAAAUCCUGAUGUGUGAUUGGACAGUUCUGAGGUGUCACGUGAGGGGGGAAGGGACUCUCAAAGUGGAGCAUUGCCUGACGGUAUUAUUAAGUAGACAGCCAGAAUACGAUGGAACUACCACUUCAGCUCUCCUCUGGUUAAACCUUAGGAAUGUGUGUACAUUUUCAGCAGUGACUCUCUGUAUUGUUUCUUAGUUCAGUUUACCUGUUUACCUCUCUUUAUCCUUUGGUUUUUGUUAUGUUUCUUGUUAUUUGAAAGUGUGACCCGAGGAAGAGGCGGGAACAGGGACUGGGUGGUGGCUUUAGACAGACAGUGGAGCCCAGCCCUCUGACCCUCCACUCCGGGUAGCCAUGUAAUGCCAGUCACUGCCCUUUCCUUCAUGCUGUAUAAAAACACACACAUAUAUCUGUGUAUUUGUAACCUGAAUCUUCUUGUGUCUGUCCAUGCAGACAAUAAAAAAACUGUACAGUAGGUCUAGUUGCAUGUAAUCUGUACUAAUUAUUGACAAUGGCAUUAUAAAAUGCAAUAAAAUACUUAUUACACUGUC